GUUAUAAUCAUGGGCUGUUGUUAAGGACAUUUGAAUGGUUAGAAAAUAAAAUAUUUUAGAUAUGAAUUAAUUAACAGAUUUAGCUAAAGAAUUAACAGAGUAUCAAUAACCUGAAUAUAUGGCAGAUAUUUUAGAUUUGAAAGUAUAAAGUAAAUUAAAGGAACGAUUAAAUGAACGUGAAAAAGAUUUAGAAUAGACUCCUAAAAAAGAGACUAACUAUUCUCAAGAUAUGAAAAGUGGAAAAAAAGAAAAUAAUUCUGAUUCUUAAUAAUAAAAUAAGUAAUAAGGAUAAGAAAAAUAAUGGGCAAUAAAAUAAACUAUGUUUGUGAGAAUUAAUUCAAAAAAAAAUGUUAGCGAAUUCUAUACUGUUAAAGAAAUGAUUGGAUAAGGAGGAUUUGGAAAAGUAUAUAAAGUAGUUCAUAGAUAAACUGGUUUUAAUAUUUCUUAUUAUUAGGUAUGGUGAGAGCUAUGAAGUUAAUAUUGAAAUCAAAAUUAAAAAAAGAAGAUUAAGAAAAAUUAUUAGAAGAAACAAAUAUUCUAAUGGAUAUCGAUCAUCCAAAUAUUGUUAAAUUAUAUGAAAUGUAUUAAGAUGAUAAUUCAUAUUAUUUAAUCAGUGAAUAUUGUGAUGGUAAUACUAUUAAAAAAUCUUCUAUGAAGGUGGUGAAUUAUUUGAAAAAAUCAAAUUUGUUCAAAUUUUAACAGAAAAAGAAAUAGCAAGUUACAUGAAAUAAAUAUUGACAGCAGUUGCAUAUUGUCAUUCAAAAGGUAUUGUACAUAGAGAUUUAAAACCUGAGAAUAUAUUAUUUGAUUCUAAAAAUCCAGGUGCUUCAUUAAAAAUAAUUGAUUUUGGAGCAAGUGCUAAAUUAGUAAAUGAUGAAAAACUAUAAAAAAGAAUAGGAACUGUAUUUUCUAUUAAUAUUUUAGCCAUUUUAUGUAGCACCUGAAGUAUUAAAUGGAAGUUAUGAUGAAAAAUGUGAUAUAUGGUCUUUAGGAGUGAUUUUAUAUGUAUUAUUAUGUGGAUAUCCUCCUUUCUUUGGACAUAGUGAAGGAGAGGUUUUAAAUAAAGUUAGAAAAGGAACUUAUUAAUUUGAUAGUAAUGAUUGGUCUAGAGUAUCUAUGCAAGCAAAAGAUUUAAUUAGAAGAAUGUUAUUUUAUGAUCCAUCUUCUCGUAUUAGUGCAUCUGAAGCUUAAUAACAUAGUUGGAUAUCAAAUAAUAAAGCUAAAGGAUUAGUUAAUAAUGUUAGUUUAAAAAAAUUAUAAGAUUUUGAUUCUAAAAAUAAACUUAAAUAUGCUAUUUUAUAGUUUAUUACAGUUUAAGUUGUCUAAAGUUAAGAAAAAGAAGAUCUAUUAAAAACAUUUUAAGAUAUUGAUAAAAAUGGUGAUGGAACUGUUAGUAAAGAAGAAUUAUAUGCGGGUUUAAUAAUUAUUUAAUUUUUAGCAUACAUGAAAUUAUAUAAAGGAGAUUCUAUUGCAGCAUAAUAAGUUGUUGAUGAAUUAUUUCCAUAAUUAGACGCUAAUAAAUCUGGGAAAGUAGAUUUUAGUGAAUUUGUUACUGCUUCAAUCAAUAGAGAUAAAUCUUUAAGUAAAAAAAAAAUUGAACAGGCUUUUAAAUUGUUUGAUUUAGAUGGAAAUGGUUAUAUUACAAAAUAAGAAAUUAAUGAAUUAUUUGGAAAUGAAAUUGAUGAAAAUAUGUGGUAAGAUAUUCUUAAAGAUUGUGAUUUAAAUAAAGAUGGAAUGGUAAUCAUAUCUUAUUUAUUUAUUUAGAUAUCUAUGAAUGAAUUUGUUAAUCUUUUAGAAACUAAAAUUAAACGAAGCUCCUAAAUUUUAUGA